CAAUUCACACCUUCAAUCGUCAAUCCAAUAAGUCCUUCACUUUGCAGUAAACCAAAACGGAUAUUUUGUAUUAGUGUUUUUGUUGUGCUUAUUUCAUCAAAUCGAAAUGCUUAAUAUCUUUUCUGCAUUGGUAGGUGGAUAAACGAUUCAAUUAAAAAGUAAUUUUUAAAAACUAUUUAAGGAAAACUAUAAAAUAUGGAUUGUCAGUCUUUAGAUCCUUAUGAAAAACAAUUGUUUACUGUUUUCGAGAGUUAUGAUUACGAAAACUGUGGAACUUUAGAUGAAAGAGGCCUUACUCAACUUUGUCAAUCUUUGCAUUUAGAGGACCAAGCUUCAGAACUUAUACAACAAUUGUUAAAAGAGAAAAAGAAACAUAGAGUAACUUUCACUGAUUUUAAAAGUGGCCUUUUAACACUUCUGGGUAAAAUUCAGAACUGUUCAGAAGAAAAUGGUAGUGAAGAAAGUGAAAAUGACAAGCAGUCUCCUGAUCGUGAAAUAUCACCUAAAUAUGUGUAUGGUAGCAAAAAAUAUGGUCGACGUACCAGGCCAAAAAUUGAAGAGGAGGAUGAAAAUGAAAACCUGAUGAAUAACACUAUGGACAGUGCUAAUUCCACUGUGAACAUUCCAGUACAAAAAUCAAGUUCUCAUGGUGAUGUUCUACACAGUAAGAAACGCAAAACUAACAGUAAAUUGAAAAGAUGUACUUCUUUACCGGGAAAUUAUAAUCGCAGUUUUCAACUUAACAGUCCUGUUUUUAAUAAUGCUAAUAACGAUCAAGAAUUUCUAUGUACAGAGGAAAUGCUUCGUGAAGCAUGGAAGAAACUUGGUGUAGGAAAAGAUGGCUACUUAAAUAAAAAUGAGUUGCUUCUUGUUUGUAACUCAAUAGGAAUGGAAAGAUUGGCAAAAGGAGUAUUGAGACAAUUAUCUCUCAGAAGCAAUUUUGACAUUAACCAAAGGAUCAGUUUUCAAGAACUCUUAAACGUUUUACAAGAAGAUGAUACAUGGGCAGACAUCCUAGGACCUGCAACCAGCAUAAGCAAACCAAUCAAUACAGUGCAAUGUCUAAAAGACGACCCUGAAGUUACUGAUCCUGAAAAUAUACAGCACAUAACGCUUGGUCCUAAUGCAACUGGUUUUGUACACUCUGAUCUUGUUAUAGAGAUGUGGGACAAUGCUGGAAUUCCUUCGCCAAAAAAACUCAUACAGGAUCUAGGAUUUGAUGAUUGCCAGAUUAAAGUUUCCGAUUUGGCUAUGAUUUUAGAAAAGGAAAUCAAAAGCAUGGGAAACUCAAGAUCUGGUUACACUUACCUUCAUGUCACCCUUUUACAAGCAGUAUUGACAUUAUAUCAAUCAGAAAUUCGUAGUUUAAGAAAUAUUUUAGAGCAAAUGCAUGCUGAAAGAGAGAAAUUGAAAUCUGACGUUAUGGAAGCUAAUAACAGGGCAAGUCUCUUAGCUCAAGAAGUUGACGAUAAUCACGCUCGUAUGGAGAAAAACACUCAGAAUCAUGUCAGACUAUUGGAACAAAAACAUUCGGAUAUUAUUAAAGAAGUUACUGAUCAAUUUAUAUCUGAAAAAGAACAAAUGACACAGCUAAACCAAAGCCUUCAACAAAAAAUAAAGAGUAUCGAACAUGAAGAAGCGCGUUUGAGAGAAGAACUCAGUCUUUGUCAAACUUAUUCCUCAACUAUUGAAAAGGAAAAUCAGGUCCUGAAUAACCACAUUUCUGAACUUAAACAGGAAAAACUUGAAUUGGCGGAGCAUAUAAGUUUUCUAGAAUCAGAGAAAGAAAAUUGCCGAGAACUUGAGAAUAAACAACUACAUGUGGAGCAACUUCUAUCUAAACUAUCAACCCUACAAAUGGAAAACGCAGAAUUGAGAGAUAAAAAUGAUGAAAUGGUAGCUGAAAUUGAACAACUAUCGAGACAAAUUUCUUUAACAAAAUCAAAGGGAAACAAUUCUUUAAUCUUUGAUGAGGUGGACGAUGUCGCUAAAGAUAACAUUUCCAAUGUUCUAGAAGGAAUUGGAGCUGGCUCUAAAAGAAGAAAUGAAGAAUCCCCAACUAAGGAGUUUAAUCCACUUGGUUUAUAUGAAGGAAGUCCACGUCUAGGAAAAGUUCGAAAAUACCAGAAAGAAGAGGAACUUUUGGUUGUUCAAACUGGAUUAAAUGAAAGUGGUCUAGAUGGUCUGAGUCUCUCAUCUUCAUCUGGAACUGAUAGCGAAGAAAUGCAAAGUAUGCUUUCCAGAAUUUCCUUUUUGGAAGACAUACUAAAGAAACAUUCGAUCUCCAUUCCCGAUAAUUUUAAACCGCCCAUAAACGCGCCGGAAUCCUGUAAAUCCACUGAAAGCAACCUAAGCUGCAUGAUGAAACAUUGUAAAGAACUUGAAAAAGCCAUCGAUUUCACUAAGAAUAAUAUUCGUAAAAUGUUGGACAACAAAAACCAUCAAAACUCAACAGCACCAUUGGAAAUCGCCUCAACGUUAAACGAAGAACUAAAUAAAUUAUCAUUAUCAACCGAUCAAGAAACUAAUCAAACCGAUGACUUUAAAGAUCUGCAAGAAGAAUUACGUAAAUGCCAAGAAGAAAACAAAGAACUUCGUUCAACAUGUAGCGAACUAGAAAAUUGUGUAGAACUUCUUCGUACAGAAUAUGAACGUUGUGAAGAAUAUUGGUCCCAAAAAUUGGACGAAGAAAGAAGAAUAUUUGAAGAUGAACAAAACCAGAGUAGUGAAAAAUUACAAGAACUAAUAAAUAAAAUGACGGAAUAUGAAUUACAAUUUGCAACGAGCGAAUCGGAAUAUGGUUUACCUCCUAUUGAAGAAAAUAAUCUCGAAACACAAUUUAUUGAUCUUGAACGUGAAUUUGAGGAUUAUAAAGCUCAUUCAGAGGAGAAAAUGACUGAUCAAGAAAAACAAAUAUCUUAUUUACAACACGAAAUCGACUCGCUCAAAAAAGAAAAGAAAGAAGCUUUUGAUAUUUCAGUUCAAGUUAGUUCCGGGAAAAUACCUGAAAAGUUACAAACUUUUCUUACGUCUUGUAUAGUGGAAAAAACGGACUUAUUUCCUACUAGCACAGGUUUUGAUUUACCGUCCCCACCAGAAGCGUUUUCUGAUAAUCCUAAGAAGACUUUAGUAAAUAAUUCAAUGAAUUCUUUAUGUUCACAAAAUUUACAGACAUCCGAGGAAAAUCAACCCUCAACAUCUACAGAGUCGACGCUUCCUUUAACUGACAAAAUUAAUAAUCGACAACGGCGAUUCCGAAAGCACGAUCGAAAUUAUUUACAACGUCUUUGUAAGAAAGUUAAUUCGAAUAGAGGAGAUUGUAAUAAUAGAUGCUGCGGAAAUAGUACAGAAGAACAGACUGUAGUUGUGCCAAUUAGCAUGUUUCAAAGUUUGAAUAACCGAUUACAUCAUUUAGAACAGAGAUGUAAACAUCUACAGUUAGUUCUAAAACAGCAACAUUGUCAUGCAGAACAAGUUUUACAGAGCUCAUGGCAACAGUUCAGAGGAGAAAAGGCAGAACUUCAGUUUUUCCUUCGUAAGACUCAAGAAAAAUUAGAAAAUCAAAUUCGUGUAUGUAAUGAACAAUCGGAAAGAUUGUCGAAGACAGAUAUGCUUGUUAAAGACCUUUAUGUAGAAAAUUCCUAUUUAAUCGCCAAUGUACAGCGAUUGGAAACACAGUGUCAUAUGCUUUCGCAAUUUAACUCUAGCAGUUCUAUUUAAACACGUGCCUUGUUUAAUGUUUAUGAUUUUGCCAUAUAUAGAUUGUAAGGCGUU